GACUGUAGACGUUUGGUGCGCCCAAGUUUGUAGUUAUUUGGUGGGAAAUCUUUCCUGGUGACAGCAGGCUGUUCAAGAGUUGUGCUUGAGGACAACGUUGUUGGGUUUUGCGAGUGCUUCCGCUUGUGACGGACGGUCUCAUUUUUGGACCAAUUCUACACAAACUCGAUCAGAAUCUUGGUUACUAGACGUCUGAAAUUGUGAGACUAGCAGAUAAAGUGUAAACGGCUUGAGCAGGUUGAUAGUCAUUCAAACUGUUUGUGAUUCUUCACUGCAAACCAGUGCUGAUUUGGUUAUAUAUGCUUUCAUCCUUCUGUAAAAACUCUCGCGACAGCUGGAUAGGUUUGUGAAUUAAUACUAAUAAUUUCACAGUUAGCAGGAUGUCGUGGGUGUGUCAAUUUUGUGGAAGUGAUGAUGAGUCUCAGUGUUUUCCUAUUUGGCGUGAACAGUCGGAAUCAUUUGGGUUGUGUUUUCAACAAGUGGCAGUAGAGAUGACUACGAGCAUACUGUUUGCUGUUUUCAGUGCCUACAAUGGCGGUCGUCAACACACGCAAGGCAAGAGAUAUCGACGAUUAAGAUCGCCUCGGGUUCUCACUGCUAGACUGCUUCUUAGCAUUUUAAUGACACUGACGUAUGUGAUUGAAGGUCUGGUUUCAAUUUGGGUAGCUGCAAGACAUCCUCCUGUGUUUUGGUCUGUAGCUGCUGUUGGUGCAGUAACAUGGACUACUCAUUCGUUUUAUAUCUGGGCUGCCGGAAGAAACAUUUUCUUUUGUAAUCGUCAAAUCGGACUUCUUCUGGUUUGGAGCUUGACUUUUAUCAGCAGCUGCUUACAGUUUUAUACUGCUGUAGGCGAGGAGUCGUGGCCUGGUGGUCACUCAUCGCAUCAGUGGAUUGAGGACUAUGGAUAUUCUCAUGCAUUAAGUGUUGUGAUACGUUUUGGUCUUCAGAUAUUUUGUUUGCCAAUUGCUCUUGUGAAAGUAAAAGACCCACUCUCAUCUGGUAUACGACAACUUCUUGAUAGUAUGGCAAACAAAGAGGAAAAUUUAUCAAUACAAAGUGAACGAGAACGUGAAAGGCAACCUUUAUUGGGAAAGUAUGGUAGUGGCAGAUAUCCUCAAACAGACACUGACAGACAAGUGCGGCCACUGGUUGCAGAAGAAGGGGCAAACUUUUUAUCAUGGUUGUUUUUCUGGUGGGUUGGUGAUCUAAUGGUGCAAGGUUCAAACGGUCAGUUGGAGAAACCAGAACAACUGAUGCUUCUCCCUACUUCUCUAAGAACGGAACGAGUACGUGGAAUAUUUAGAGAUGUUUUUGGAAAGGUUCAAGCAGAGGAUGUUAGCUCUGAAGAGGCAGAUGCUAAUGCAAACCAAGAUCCAGUUAGAAUGAGAGAAAAUUGGUCAGAAUCAUUUGAAAAAAGUACAGGAAGGGAAUCUCCCAGUCUUUCAAUUGAUUCUCUGAAUGGACCAAACCAAGAAAACAUAGCCGACAAACCUCAUUCAAGGAAACGGACUCUGUGGAUUGCACUGAACAAAACAUUUGGAUGUCAGUAUUACCCUCUAGGUGUUCUCAAACUGAUUGCCGAUCUGCUUGGAUUUGCUGGACCGCUGUUGUUGCAUGAGCUUGUUUCAUUCAUGGAAAGCCGUUCCACUCACACGAUAAGUGGCUACUACUAUGCAGCCGGAUUGUCAGUAGCGACGUUAUUAGCUGCGCUUAUAAGCAGUCAGUUUACCUACUUGGUCAAUCGUGUGAGUGUUCAAGUUCGUGCUGCUCUUAUCACUGCUGUUUAUGGCAAGGCUGUGGCUGUCAACACUGCAUCUAUGCAAGAGUUCAGUACUGGACAAAUUGUAAAUUUUAUGAGUACUGACACAGAUCGUAUUGUCAAUUUCUGUCUCAGUUUUCAUCAGUUUUGGAGCUUACCAUUCCAAGUUGCAGUCGCGUUGUACUUGUUACAUCAACAGGUGGGACUUGCAUUUCUUGCUGGUGUGGCGUUUGCUAUACUGCUGAUUCCAAUCAAUCGUUGGCUUGCUAUAAAGAUCGGAAAGCUCAGCACUGCAAUGAUGGAACAGAAAGACAACAGAGUCAAGGUAAUGAGUGAAAUUUUAACUGGCAUAAGGGUAGUCAAGUUUUAUGCUUGGGAGAGUCACUUUUCAGAAAAGAUCAAUUCUUUAAGAUCACUGGAACUGAAAAGUCUGAAAGGUCGGAAGUAUUUAGAUGCUUUGUGUGUGUACUUCUGGGCAACAACUCCUGUUCUGAUCUCGAUUCUGACCUUUGCAACAUACACUGGAAUCAGUGGUGAUAAACUGACAGCAGCUAAGGUGUUCACCAGUGUUGCUUUGUUUAACAUGCUGAUCAGUCCUCUCAAUGCAUUUCCAUGGGUUCUUAAUGGCCUCAUUGAAGCUUGGGUGUCUCUAAAGAGAGUUCAGAAGUUCAUGUGGCUUAAAGAACUGAACCAAGACGAAUACUUUGUUGAUGUGCCACCAUUUACUGAUCACCACUGUCUCGACAGCAUGGAAGAUAAAGAGCCUUGUCUUCAAAUUGUGAUGGGCAAAUUUGCAUGGUUACAACCUGGUAGCAGAGGAAGGGCAGGAUCAACUUUGAGGAACAUCAAUUUGACUGUGAAACAGGGACAGUUCAUAGGUUUAUGCGGUCGUGUCGGAUCUGGUAAGAGCUCUUUACUAGCUGCACUCACUGCAGAGAUGGAGAAAACAGCAGGAAGGGUAUUUAUUGCUUGUCUUGAGACAGGGUUUGGUGCAGCAUUUCAGGAAGCGUGGAUUCAACACGACACGAUUCGUGAAAACAUACUAUGUGGUCAACCAUUUAUUCAAGACAAAUAUGAUCGUAUAAUACAUGCUUGUGCACUAAACGAGGAUUUAUCUAUACUGCCAUUUGGUGAUCAAACGGAGGUCGGUGAGAAUGGAGUGACUUUAAGUGGUGGUCAAAAGGCUCGUGUUGCUUUGGCGAGGGCUGUCUAUCAGGACAAAGAUGUGUACCUUCUUGAUGAUCCAUUGGCAGCCGUAGAUGCUGCUGUGGGAGCUCAUUUAUUUCAACAUUGCAUUUUGGGUUUGCUGAAGACGAAGACGAGGAUUUUGUGCACACACCAUACACAGUAUUUGACGAGUGCUGAUGCGGUCGUAAUUAUGGACAAUGGCCGGAUUGUUGCUACUGGAUCUCCACAUGAAAUUUUCAGUCACUACACUUACUUGCUUACUGACACUGGAAUUAGCGAGCGAAGAGAUGAAGAGACACCAAGUGGUGAAACUGGAAGUCUCGUUGACAUUGAAGCUGAAGGUGCUGAUCCACCCUCUGGUGAUCAAGAAAGAGAUGUUCUUGUGAAGGAGGAGGUGAAAGAAGUUGGAAGUGUUGCUGUUCAUGUUUACAAGUCCUACUGGCUGGCGAUUGGUAAUUGUUUGGCAUUAUCAAUCAUUGUCGCAUUAUUUCUCAUGCAAGCUUCUAGAAAUCUUACUGAUUGGUGGCUGUCUUAUUGGGUGACCAAAAGUUCAACCGGGUCAUCUUACAAUUCGACAUACACGAGUGCGUAUUUGUUCGUCACUAUGGGCUCCAACUUCUUUACAUCAUUUGAGAGUCAUUCAGUAUCCAACACAUCCAGUGACAUCACUUUCUAUCUGGGGGUUUAUGGGGGUUUAGCAGCUGCAAACUCAGUAUUUACACUGUUCAGGGCCUUUUUGUAUGCUUAUGGUGGCAUCUGUGCCGCUACAGUGAUCCACAAGCAACUAUUACGUAAGAUUCUUCGAGCACCAGUAUCAUUCUUUGAUGUCACACCUAUUGGUCGUAUUGUGAACAGAUUUUCUUCUGAUCUGUAUGCCAUAGAUGACUCCUUACCAUUUAUUAUGAACAUUUUGUUGGCACAAUUAUUUGGAGUGCUGGGAACGAUUGCUGUCACUUGCUAUGGACUACCAUGGUUUGCACUGGCACUUGUGCCUUUGGCAAUUAUUUACUAUUUUAUACAGCGAUACUACAGAAGAACUUCAAGGGAGCUGAAACGAUUGUCAACAGUAACGUUGUCACCUAUUUAUGCUCACUUUUCUGAAAGUCUCACUGGCCUUGCAACCAUCAGAGCAUUCAGACAGGCAGAGCGAUUUGCUCAAGAAAAUGAACAACGCCUUGACCUCAACCAGAGAGCUAAUUUUUCAGCUUUUGCUGCCAGUCAGUGGCUGGGCAUUCGGUUACAGCUUCUUGGUGUUGCCAUGGUGGCAAUUGUUGCAUUUAUUGCAAUGUUGCAGCAUCAGUUUUCUUCAGUCAACCCAGGACUGGUUGGGCUGGCACUUUCUUAUGCUCUGUCUGUGACCACUCUCUUGUCAGGUGUCAUCACUUCGUUUACUGAGACGGAAAAGGAGAUGGUGAGUGUUGAGAGGGCACAGCAAUACAUUCAUUGUGUACCAGAGGAAAAACGGAAGUCAGCUCUACUGCCAGGACCGGGUUGGCCAACUGAAGGCGUUGUUUGCUUUAGGCAUGUUUCUCUAGUGUACAGGUCAGGCCUGCCACCUGCUCUCUCAGGUGUUAGCUUUCAAACGCGUUCACGGGAAAAGGUGGGCAUUGUUGGCAGAACAGGAGCUGGAAAGUCUAGUCUUUUUCUCUGUUUGUUUCAAUUGGUACAACCUUCGGAAGGAACUGUGCUUAUUGAUGGGGUUGAUGUCUCAUCAAUCAGUCAUGAAAGUUUGAGAAGUAGUCUGGCUGUUAUUCCUCAAGAUCCUUUCUUAUUUGAUGGUUCUGUAAGGGAGAACCUUGAUCCAUGCCACAACCGAGAUGACGUUCGGUUAUGGAAUAUCAUUGACAAGUGCCAUCUCAGAGAAGUUAUUGAGUCUCUUGGGGGUCUUAGUGGAUCUGUUGUUGAGCGUGGUAGAAACUUUUCUGUUGGACAAAGGCAGCUGAUUUGCUUGGCCAGAGCACUUCUUACAGGAGCAAAGGUGCUGUGCAUUGAUGAGGCCACAGCUAGUGUUGACAAAGCUACCGAUCAUUUACUGCAGCGUGCCAUUCGGGAAGAGUUUGCUGACAGUACUGUUCUUACUAUUGCCCACAGACUUGAGACCAUUAUGGACAGUGAUAGGAUACUGUGCAUGGAUCAAGGCAAAGUUAUUGAUUUUGAAGCGCCAGAUGAUCUUUUGGCUGACCCAAAUUCGUUGUUUUCACAAUUGACAAGCCAUUCAACAACGUAGACAGUUCAGCUUUUUUUGUGGAGAUGUGUGGUACCUACAGAAUACUUGCACGUCGUCUCCCUGAAUAUAGAGAAAAGUCACAUGCUGAAUUUCGGUAGCAAGUGAUUAUAUGAUACUCACAGGGAGGAUUUUUACUUCAUUCUCCAGUAAGACUACAUCCUGUUAAGUGAAAUAAGAGACCAAUUAUUGUGUUUGAACUCGGUUGUUUAGUGUACGGUAACUUUGGUCAAAGUGGUCACAUUUGAAUUAAGAGAACAACUUUGAAAGGUGCUGCCAUAUGAGGUGUGUAGAUGUUGUGGGGUUAUGCAUUUAAGAGUGAUGUACGUUCAUAUGUGAUCGUGACACUGCAACUAAAACCUUGUGAGCUGACAGAACGACGGCUUUGGAAAUUGAAUGUCUGCUUGUUUAGUUACAAUGUAUUAGUUGGAGGGACUUAUGUUGUGUGUUUAGAGACUAGAAUAUUGAGAACACUCCACAAACACACACACACACACACACACACACACACACACACACACACACACACACACACACACACACACACACACACACACACACACACACACACACACACCACAACACCUAGUUGUCAUUGUUGAAAAUUCUGUACAAGGAUACUUUAGUGGCAAGGUGAAGUGGCCAACAAGCUAAACAUUUUUGGAAUCUCCACCCACGAAAGACGCUCUGUAGGUCAUUUUUGUUACAUAUGCAGUAACACACGUUUUGUAGAGUGUAAAUAAGUAUUGAUACUGUUUGGAAAGAAAACCUUAGCGAUUUUGCAAUACAUGCAGCUAGAGCUGUGUGUUUUAUUAAUUAUUUUGACAGGCUAUCACUGUGUCUGAUUGACUAUAUGAGAAACACUUGUACUAGCACAGACAUACAACUUCUUUAAACGUUACUAUUGCUUUAAUUUGUUUAACCCAACACAUUGAUAUUAAUUUUUGAUUUUGUGAGGAUGUGUAUUGUGACUGCGGAUUGCAA